UCGAAUCAUUCGAUAUUUAUGGUUAUGACAAUAAACCGUGUGUUGUGUGUUUGCGUUUAUUACAUUAUUUAGAUAAUUGUAUUAAAUUUAAACGCUUACGCUUUAAUCUGUGUGUUCGUAUUUUUGUGUUCUGUAAUUAUUUAUUUUUUUGUAAAAUACCAGUCAUGUCUAUGCAGUGUCAGCUAUGGAUGGGCAGUUUGGAGCCGAAUAUGACAGAGAGCUUCAUUGUAGCAGCUUUUCACCGCAUGGGCCAGCGCCCGCUAACAGUAAAGGUGAUGAGGAACAAGUUUACAGGAGAGCCUGCUGGUUAUGCAUUUGUGCACUUUCAGACUGAUGAGGAGGCUAUAGACGCAAUGCACAAACUGAAUGGCAAACCCAUCCCUGGAACAUUCCCAGUGGUCCGAUUCAGGCUCAACACAGCAUCGCGCGAGGCCCGGGCUAACAUGCAAUCAGAGAGAGAAUUCUCUGUGUGGGUUGGGGAUUUAAGUUCCGAUGUUGAUGACUACUCACUUUACAGGAUUUUUGCUUCAAAGUACUCUUCAAUCAAAACUGCAAAAGUAAUACUGGACAGUUCAGGCUACACAAAAGGCUACGGUUUCGUAAGAUUCGGAAGUGAGGAAGAACAACGUAACGCCUUAUACGCCAUGAAUGGAUACACUGGUCUUGGAACAAAGCCUUUGAAAAUCUGCACCGCAGUGCCCAAGCCCAAGGGGGCUCCUACUGGACAGAACCAAUCUGCCCCCAAUGCUGCAAACGCCGCCUACAACAGCGGGACGGAGUACAACCAAUAUUAUGAUCCGUCCGCCUAUUGGCAAAAUUACUCAGCGUGGUCUGGAUACUAUGGGCAGGGCGACCAGAGCGCCGCGGUGGCGCCGGCGGCGCCGGUCGCCGACGCGUCCGCCACCGCGGCCGCGGCGCAGGCGGCCAAGACGCAGGCUGACGAUUUGCAACUUGUUGAGCACAAGAAGACCAUAGACAUAGACGAGCUAAACCAAGAGUUCCUGCAACCCGAGCUGUCGCUGUGGGACGGCCUGGAGUCCUCGCAGUGGUUCCCCAACGAAAUCGUCGAGGCGCACUGAUUCUAGUCUGAGGGCCUGUUUUAUGUAAACUAAUAUUCUGAUAAUGGUAGCAAGUUUUAAUGGGAUAAUAAUAAAAUAACGAACUUUAUUUUGAAGACAACUGUGAAGAGAAGUGUAUUUGUAUACACAGUUGGAAGUUGAGCAGAUCGUGAAGCGGUUUGAUAAUUCGACCAGAUGGCGCUGUGCGGCACCAUAAUACGGCUUGUCACUGAUUGACGGUAAAUAAGUUAUAGACACAAUACAAUUAUAUAGAGUUGAAACACGCUUGCGCCUGUGAGAACAUGCGCAAUGAGACGAAAUUAAUUUAUUGGGAAUAAUUUGUUGGGAAUGUGGGAAAUCAAUAUAUUAUCAGACUAAUAUUUUAUAUGGAACAGGUGUCAGGGGCAGACAGUUUUGGUCAACAUAGGACAUAUUGAUCGCUUUUUACCCAUCAACUGAUCUAGGCUUAUGGGCCUAAACGUAUCUGCCACUGCUAGUUUAAGCGACAUGUUAAGGCUGUAACUAUUAAAUUAAUAAAUAAUGUAUAAGUUAAA